UGUUAUAGCAAAGACAGGCUGAGGACUGCUACCAGAAAUCUAGAAGAGCUGUCAGGGAAGCACAUGGAAGAAAUUAAAGAAGUGGAAAAUUAUGCAAACCGUGUCUGUAACUUACCAGAGGAAAAGGAAGCAUUUUCUCAUGGUUACGAAAAGGAAAGCAAGGAGCCUAGACAUGAGUUUAAAGGGCUCCAACUCAAACCGGAAGUGCAAAUAAAGGAGGUCGAAAUGUUGUAUGAAGAAGGCUUGUCUGAAAUAGCUCUGAGCAGCCCUAGUGAACAGAUUGCACACUUACUCAUGGAAAGAAGUACACUCUUGAGGAAACUGGAACGAGGGGAUCCCAAACCAGAAUCACAAAGAUGUCUGAGCAGUAACCUACAGAAAGAAUUUCCCCAGGAGAAAUUUGAACAAACUCACCAGCCUCUGCAAAGGGAACAUCAGAAACAUCAAGAACUUGUGCAUCAGUCUGAAAAAAGUCUGAGUGAGUCCCGUAAUGAAGACCCAGAAAAAGGUAAAAUAUCACAAAACUGCAGAGAGAGAGAUAUGGAACAAGUAACAAGGAGGUUAGGGAUGGCCCAUGAAGAGAUCCGAAGGCUCACUGAUGAACUGCAAGGGAAGGAGAAAGAACAGAGUAAAUUAGAUUCUGCACUUGAGAAGUCUCAACUAGAAAUUGAGAAAUUGAAAGAAAAUUUGAUAAAGCUGAAAGAAAAUGACUCAGUUGACCUACGGAAAGCAAAGGAACAUAAUCAGAGACUGGAUGAGGAAAUUCUGGCUUUAAGAAAUCGAGUUCGAUCACUUGACUCAGAAAAAAAGGUACUUGGAGAAGAGGUUGAAAGGCUUAAAGCAGAAAUUUGUGACUCUCAAGAGAAUAAGCAACUUGGAAACCACUCUCCUGGAAAAAUGUAUCCAUCAUCUGGAGAAAAACUGAAAUACCAGCAGCAAGAGGAGCUACAGCAACUUCGCCAGAAUUUGCACCGGCUCCAGAUUCUGUGCAACUCAGCAGAAAAGGAGCUUCGAUAUGAGCGAGGAAAGAACUUGGACUUAAAGCAGCAUAACAGCUUACUUCAGGAAGAAAGCAUUAAGAUCAAAAUUGAACUCAAGCAGGCCCAGCAGAAGUUAUUAGACAGCGCAAAAAUGUGCUCUUCACUCACGGCUGAGUGGAAGCACUGUCAGCAGAAAAUCAAGGAACUGGAGCUGGAAGUACUUAAACAGGCUCAGAGCAUUAAAUCACAGAACAACCUACAGGAAAAGCUGGCUCAGGAGAAAUCUAGAGUUGCUGAUGCAGAGGAAAAGAUUUUGGAUCUGCAGCAGAAAUUAGAACAUGCUCAUAAAGUCUGUCUCACAGACACUUGUAUUUUGGGGAAGAAGCAAUUAGAGGAAAGGAUAAAAGAAGCAAUAGAAAAUGAAGCUAAAAUAAAGCAACAGUAUCAGGAAGAACAACAGAAGAGGAAACUCCUAGAUCAGAAUAUGAAUGAGCUACAAAAGCAAGUGAAAAUCUUAAAGGAUAAAGAGAAUCAACUGGAAAUGACCAGUUCUCAGCAACAAUCCAGAAUUCAGCAACAAGAGGCCCAACUUAAACAAUUGGAAUAUGAAAAAAGAAAAUCUGAUGAGCAGCUCAAGAGCAACCAGGAAUUGUCAGAGAAGCUGUCUGGGUUGCAGCAGGAGAAGGAAGCUCUACGUGAAGAGUAUGGGCAAUUUUUGAAGCAGCUUGAUGUCCAUGUGAGAAACUAUAAUGAGAAGCAUCACCACCACAAAGCCAAGCUUCGCAGAGUCAAGGAUCGUUUAGUUCAUGAAGUAGAUCUCCGAGAUGAGAGAAUCAAACAACUUGAAAAUGAGAUUGGAGCCCUGCGGCAACAAAUGGAAAAGGAGAAGGCAUUCCAGGACCAGAUCACCACCCAAAAUGAUAUCCUGCUCCUAGAAAAGAGGAAACUUCUGGAGCAGCUCACAGAGCAAGAGGAAUUGAUCCACGGCAAUAAAUGGAUAAUAUCUUCCGUCCAGAGCAGAGUACUUUUCCUGGAUAAAGAAAAUAAGCAGCUACAGGAAAACCGUCUCCGGCUCACCCAGCAGGUUGGUCUCUUAGAGCGGAUCAUAAGGAGCAUCCAGAUCCGCAGAGGGGAGGAAACAACAAUUAGUGACAUCCCUGAAUUUGAAGUAUUGAAUAAAAUUGUGCCCUUACCAAACUCCAGUUUUUCAGGAACGGGUUUGGUAGAGUCAGCUGGAAGUCUUCAAGAAACUGAAGAACAUAGGUCAGAAGAAGCAAUGGCAAACCCCAAGUCCCUCGAGUCUCUUUCGUGUUCACAGAAUUCUGAAGCUGGAUACAUAAACGUGGCUUCUCUGAAAGAAACACAUCGCAUCCCAGAAUAAGGCCAAGUCAGAACUAUAAAAUCACUAGUGUCUAAAACUAGGCUGAUCAAAGCUGCUAACUUAAAGCUUGGGCGUGAGGGUGGAGCAUGACGUGGAGAAGAGUUAUGACAGAUCCUCACUGGACGUCAACCAGGAGUCUUCAAAAUUGCUGAUAAAUUCAUUAAACCUGUUCUAAAAAUGGAUUUCUCAAGUUUGUUUGGUAUCCUCAAUUGCCUUGUAUUGAUCAGUGUCGUGACUUAAGUUCAGUGGUUUAAUUAGGGUUUUUUUUAAAGAUUUUUUUUG